UUAUAAAUCCGAGUAGUUCUGUUGUCCCCGUGUAUGGAUAGGGUCGUUUAUAGCAGGUGAUUCGCAUAUUGAAAUCGGAAUACAGUCGAUGUCGCCUUGUCACUGAAGCUGUGAAAUAUCUGAACGAUUACUGUACUUCCCUGUGACGGUUUACUUGGACCCACUGGCAAAGUUUGGCUUAAAUGUUUACAUUUAGCGGUACACAGAAUUAUUUACCAAGUACACGUGGAUGACUAUAUGUGAACAACUCUACCAGGUAAAUCUACUAAUCGUUAUUAAGUGUGUUGUGUAGUCACCGUUAAUUCAGACAAUAUGAGUAGUAGCGGUGAAAUGAGCCCUGAAGAUUUGUCUCCCUCUGGAGGAGGUGGAAGUAUCGAUAUGAACUUGGAUAAUGGUAAACAUUUAAACAAUGACCACGUGAAGAGGCCCAUGAACGCCUUCAUGGUGUGGUCAAGAGGUCAAAGAAGAAAAAUGGCUCAGGAAAAUCCAAAAAUGCACAAUUCUGAAAUAAGUAAACGAUUAGGAGCAGAAUGGAAGUUAUUAUCAGAAGAGGACAAACGACCCUUUAUUGACGAGGCUAAGAGACUGAGGGCAUUACACAUGAAGGAGCAUCCAGAAUAUAAAUAUCGACCGAGGAGGAAACCAAAGUCCCUCCUUAAAAAGGACAAAUAUGCUUUCCCUAUUCCAAUGUUAGGGGGAUUUGGGCCAACCCUCGGGACGAUGCCCCCGGGUUUCGGACCAAUGACUAGCCAAGCCGAAGGAAUGAUGGGAAAUGCAGCUUCAUUUAGUUUGAGUGAGAAAAUGAGAGCGUUUUUACCUCCUUCUUCAACUCAUGGAUUCUACCCACACCUUGACAGUGCAGGAAAGUUGGACAGUUCGCCAUUAGGUGCACUUCGAUCUCAAGAAUUGUCGAGUGUUUACGGUUCCCCAUACUUGCCGUCGCACUCCUCAGCGUCGGCCUUGAGUGGACUACCCCCGGCCGCACACUCCCACCCUGGACAGUACCUGGUGCCCUGUUGCCCACCGGGUUAUCUCCCCUCGCAGGAUGUACACAGACCAGUCGCAUAUGUGUUAGUGAAACCAGAAGAUCAUUACAGACACCCAGCCGUGAUGUAAACCCUACCCGGACACUCAGGGCGCGCUGGAAAAUUCCUACUGGUCACUAAGAAAGGUCAUCGUGAUUCCGGCCCGUACUCGCGGACGUUUGACGGACAAUCACGUGGUAUUCUGAACAGUACAAUCAGAGUUAACAUCUUAGAUCCAUACAGCUCAGUUAUACUUUGUACUGAUCGGUAAAUGUUUGUUCUGGCAAUCGUACAUGUGACCUUGCAAUAGAACGUGCACCGGAAACUUGUUAUUUGGUGAUCACGUGACUUUGAUUUUUUUGUUUGAGUGUCCGAGAACAGACUCGGCAGGGAAAACAGUCGGGGAAACCUCGAUUCCGACUAGGACGACCGGACAAGCCGCAAGUAAGUCUGGACGUGUGUGUGGUGCUAACUAAAGAACGUGUACUUCUGGAAAAGUACCGUCAACAAAAACGGUGCCAUUUGUGUUCAAAGACAGAACUCUCGGUAACACAAACAGAUGUUCUAAUUCGGCACACGAAUCUUUGUCAUACAUACAAUGGAGCCUGUUCCAUUGAGUUAAAUGUGUUCAGCCAUCGAUAAUGGUCAGAGAAUAAUGGCUUUCGAUAUUGAAUCAAUAUUUGAUCAGUCAUGAUAUAUAUUUGGUUUGAUGAUCUCUUGUGAAACACAUGCUUGUAUUUUGCUAUGUUAUUUAUCGUUCGCGUUUCUCGUGUUAUAAACAUUAUUUUAUUUAAAACAAAAUGUUAUGAAAUUCUUGAUAAAAUUAUUUUAUCUCAUUAACUAGUGCUAAAUGGAUUAUUUUGUUAUGUUGUCUGCAAUUUGUUCAAAAGUACCUGUAAAUAUCGACAACUUAAUUUAAAAGAUAGCAAAAUACUUGAUCAAUCUGUUUGCUAUCCACUGAAGAAAAUCAUUUCCUUGUUUUUCUCAUUAAGAAAUGUGAUAUACCUGUUCUGGUCUGGGAAAACUCAUUUUAUGAAUACAAUUUAAAUGUCUCUUCCAUGUGUAAAUGAUGCUAAAUAUUGACAAUCUCGAUACGUAUUGCGAAAAACUUCCGCAAUAAAAUCUUUCUUUUUUAUCCUUUAAAUGAUCGAGAUGACACCGAAGUGUGUUGAAAUUUUAGAAGGAAGUCUGAAAAAUUAUUCGAAAAAAAAAAUCUGACUACAUUUCACAGCGAUACAUAAUUUAUGAAGUGUUUUAAUUUGAAGAAAUCUUUUUCUAUAAGAAGUACACCUUCGCAAUAUCACCUUAAGUAAGCCAUUCUUCUCGUGACUUCUUGUUUGAGAAACAUACUAGAUUUUUUCUGAAAGUGUUGAAAUACGUGGUAACAAUUAAAUGCUCAUGCUUUUAGAAAAUUUCCGAAAGUUGUUUAAAUUCUACGUGCAUCAAUGAUAAUUAAGUGCUAAGGUGAAAAUGAUAGUGAAUGCUUUAUUGGAAUUUUUGAACACGCAAUCCAUUAUUCAAAUAUCCUUUAAAAUUGGUUUGUAGAGCAGAAGAAUUUUAAUUUGAAAUAUCUUUCAUUUAAUGGUCUCAAGUUUCAGUAAAAAAAAAAUUGCUGACCAUUUCAUACACUUCUGUAAUUGGAGAGAAUUAUAGAGGUUUAUUCAAGAACAGACAUGGAAAUUAUAUAGAAUUUCUAAAUCAUACCGAGAGGUUGACUGACGGCAACAGACACGUGUUGUCGGUUUCACUGUCAGGAUCGCCGAAAAUAAUGGGUAUCAAUUUCUGUCACAGAUUUCAACCAGAUAAAGCGCCCUUUUCUAUUGUUAUCGAAAUCACUAGCUCGAAGGGUCAAAAAAUAUUUGUUUCUGAAACAUAUCCGGAGGGAAAAAUACAAUGUGAAUGGAUUUAAAGACUAACCAAUACAAAAGAGGAUGUAUGUUAAAUCUAAUCUAUCAGAUUUUUAUCUUUGUUAAAUGAAUAUUUGGAGGUUUUUUUCUGUAGGUGAUUUAUUGAUUGUUAUGUUGGAUCACACUGACAUGUUUUUGAUAUUCUGACAAAAUGGAUUUAGGGCAGUUUUAUUGUUUAUGUAGAAUUCUCUACUUAUAAUGAAGAAAGUUGUUCACAAUUACGUAAGAAGGACAAACAAUUUUGCAACGCUCUUAAAAAUCUAAAUUAAGCCGCUAAUCAUUGAGAAAAAUUAAAAAAAGAAGCAAGUUUUGAUCACUAUCAAUUUGUCGCCUGUUACUUUCAGUAUAUGGCGGUGUAUUUCAGAAGUAAACUCGAAACUGGAAAUAUAAAAAAAAUGCACAGCAAUUAUUUUCAUGUUUAAAUUUUAUUUAAACAAUAUAAUAUAUAUAAUUGCAACUUUUACAAUUCUUCAAUUAAAACAAUUUCGUAAGAAUCUAAUGCAGAUUUGUAGAUUUGUCCAGUACACGGAAACGUUUAAUAUGACGUAAUUGAAAUAAUAAUUUAAAUGUAAAAAUAAUUUUCUUCUUCAAAAUGUUUUAAUCUUUGAAAUUGUAAUUGAUGGCAAAUUAUUUUAUUAAACAUUUCUGUUCUUUAAAUAGAAAAGGGAAUCGUGAAUGAGAAUGUUUGUUAGACAACAAGUUUGUUUGUUUUUGUAUAUAUAAGAUUGACAAAUUGAUUAGACAGAUACAAAAUAUAAUACUCUGUGUUAAGCCAGACUUGACAGGCCCGCUGUACCAGAGUCUGCAUGGACCAGUAUCCUCUAUGCUAUCUUUAUACGUCGUUGAAAUGUAUAUGUAGUUUGUACGUUAAAAUUGUUUCUACGUUUCUUUUCAAUUAUGUUUUAAGCAAUUUUACAUCCCUUUUCAUUUUGAUAAUGAAAAUAUAUGUUAUCAUCUAAUAAAAAUGAAAAACUUCACUUACAA